AUGAAUGAACCUAGUCAAGAUCCAUUAGAUCAUGAGAAAAUGAAUGAACCUAGUCAAGAACCAUUGGACCCUGACAAAAUGAAUGAACCUAAUCAAGAAUCAUUGAACCCUGAAAAAAUGAAUGGAUCUAAUCAAGAACCAUUAUGCCAUGAGAAAAUGAAUGAACCUAAUCAAGAACCGUUGGACCAUGAUACAAAGAAUGAACCUAUUCAAGAACCAUUAUGCCAUGAGAAAAUGAAUGAACCUAAUCAAGAACCGUUGGACCAUGAUACAAAGAAUGAACCUAAUCAAGAACCGUUGGACGAUGAUACAAAGAAUGAACCUAAUCAAGAACGGUUGAACCCUGAAAAAAUGAAUGAACCUAAUCAAGAAUCAUUGAACCCUGAAAAAAUGAAUGGAUCUAAUCAAGAACCAUUAUGCCAUGAGAAAAUGAAUGAACCUAAUCAAGAACCAUUGGACCAUGAUAAAAGUGCUGAUCAACUUGAAAGGAGUCCAAAUUUCGUUAAAAAAAUCACAAAUACUGUAAGAAACGUAGUCAAUUAUUUACAGUAUAAUGGAAGUCGGGCCUUUAUCAGGGGCAGACCCGGAAAUGGACCGGAGAUUAAUGCUGAUGCUAAUACUGGUACGGGUCAUUGUCAACAUGCAACUGAUGGUUCAAAUGUAGACAAUAAUGAAAAGGAUGUAUUGACUACAAUACAUAUUACUCAAAAACAGAUUGAUAAGCGACUCCAAUGUACCGUUUGCUUGGACGAAUAUAAACUUGGUGAGGAAGCGAUAAAAUUGAUUUGUAGCCAUAUAUUUCAUGAGAGAUGCAUCAUUCAUUGGAUUAUUAUGCAUGGUACGUGCCCGGUCUGUCGCAGACAAUUCUGUCCCGGAGAGCUCCAUCUUCCGCCGGAACGAGUCAGCCUGUUUCGGUCCAUCGCACGGCGAGUGUACCGCAUAAUUCUCUCACCGUUGGUAUAUUUCUUUCCCAGUCUCCGUUAUACUCUAGCUAGGCACGGUAGACGUCGUCCGACUCCCAUGUACAGACUCAUACGCGCGGAGCGAGUGACAUCGCCGCAAGAAUCCGAAGAAAGCGAAGAAAACGAAUUCAGAGAAAUGAUGGAAGACUACAUCUUUUGCCACGUCAUGUUCGUCUUGCAGAACGUGCACAACCAACGGCAACCCGGCUCGCCCAAUACCAUAGCCACGAACAUACGCAGGCGCUUUAGCCGCUUGCACCGUGAAGACAACGUCAAUCCUGCUGCAGGCGAAAACCCACCACCCGAACGAACGGAAUUUCACUUUCCUCCUGAUGUCCUCUCGUCGGAUUACCUAGGUCAUUACUAG